CCCUCCUGCAAGGCCACGAAGAUGAACCGGCUCUGCCUUUCUGCAGCCCUUCUCUUCCUCCUGGUUAUCCUGGUGGACAGCACCCCGGUGUAUGAACACCAUACCCAGGACCAAGGUCUGGAGACAAGCCAUAGAAGGGCACCUGAGAAGCGUUCAAUAAUAGACGUGAUUAGAAAUGUCAUCGGCGGUGUGGUUAAAGGUACCAAGAUAUUUCAUGGACUAAAAGGAUUGGCUGACAUAAUCAGUAAUGGAAUUCAAGGUCAGGUGAUGAUAUCUGGAACACAGCUUGAGAACCAUACAGUCGAGGAGUUCCCAACACAAAUACUCAAACAUGCAGCUUCUAAGCCUGAAUUCUGCCUGGAGCCUGAAUUAAAGGGUCCCUGCAAGGACCAGAUGACCCGGUACUUCUACAAUGCCAAAACCGGGUACUGUGAGCCAUUUGUAUAUGGCGGCUGUGAAGGGAACAAGAACAACUUCCAGACGUUAUCAGACUGCACAGUGACCUGCUGUCCAGUGACAGUAUCCCUGUGAGGACAUGUGAAGAGUGGUUCCCAGAAAAUGUGACGUCCGAGGAGGAACCCUGCAGGGCUGGGCCAUGGCUGCUUCUGAAACUGUUCAGUCUCUCGCAGUCCUUCUAUCCCCUACCUUCCUCAGCAGAACCUGUAUAAUUCCUUUCUUCUAUUGGUCAACAUGUCUAAGUCUGUCUCACCCAGCUGGCUCUCAGCACCACAAGAACAUCUUCCCUUUAUUCCUAGCACUGAGCUCAGCUGCUGGCACCAAGGACACAGUUCCUAAUUAUUGAAGGAAGAAAGGAAGAAAUGUAGGAGCACAUUCGUCAUGACCAGAGUAACUAUAGAGCCUGCAGUUUGACACAGGAUUUUUGUCUUAAACCAUAUCCUCACUACAUCCUCACCUUCAUCCCCCUCCCCACCAUCACUGCUCUCUUUGUGAGUGCCGAAUGUGGAGUUUCUCGCAUCCAGUUCUCAGAAUCAGUAAUGGGAG